UGAAAACCGAGCGUUGAGAGAUGAAGAAGAGCUCUUCGCCGUUUUCUCUACUUUUGAUCAUCGUCUUGUGCUUUUCGCCGGCGUUGUUGCUUGGAUCCAUGGCGGAGGAGCCGCAGAAGCAAGUCAAUGUGGUGGAGGAGCCGCAGAAGCAAGCCGAUGUGGCGGGGGAGUCGCAGAAGCAAGCUGGUGCGGUGGAGGAAGGCGCUGCGGCCGUGCACAUCGUGUAUGUUGAGCAGCCGCCGGAGGGGGAGGUUCCUGAGGACUACCAUGUCCGCACGCUUGCCUCCGUUUUAGGAAGUGAGGAUGCGGCGAAGGAGGCGCUGGUGUAUAGCUACUCGCACGCGGCGAGUGGGUUCUCGGCGAAGCUUACUCCGAAGCAGGUGGAGGAGAUGUCAAAUAAACCAGGUGUUCUUCAGGUUGUCCCCAGCAGAACCCUCCAUCUGCAUUCUCCCACCGCCAGCCACAGCAGCGUUGGUCUCGGCACCAUCCGCCACUUUGGUGCUGUGUGAACUCUUCGGAGGGAGAUGUCCCCGGAUAUGAAUUUAGUCAUGUGUUACUUAAAAUAAAAUGCAUGCCUAUGUUUGCAAUGCAUUCAGUUGUUUUCCCUUUCUCUGAAAAGUUGUUAUCUGGUGCUAUUUGUUUUCUAUGACAAAGACACUUGUUUAUUUGUUUAUGGUCAUGUGAAUUAUAGUGUGGAACUAUAUAUGAUGUGAAGAUUUCUAAGCUAAUGUGAACUUUUGAUGUUGAAGA